ACAGGCAAGCUGCGAAACGGCCUGGAGAGGUGGUGAGCUGAGGUCACUGCUGGGUCUGAAUUUCUAGCUUCUGUACUUGGAAGAACCAGGAGCAGCUGACGUUGACCAGCCCGGACAGCCUAGGCAGGCAGGGCGGCUCAGGAAGGGUUGUUGCUAGAAAGCCCCGACUGGUGUCUCCUGGGAAAGUUUUUUAUGCCAACUUGAUGGACAAUGUUUCUGCUUGCAGUGGCUCCUGUCCCCUGAUGCCAGCCAAGCGUGGAGAAAGGAGGUGAGGCUGAGCAUGGACCAAGAAGAGCCUUCACCUCCUGCCCCUGCAGAAAAUGAAGUGAAAUAUGACGCCAAUAACAAUGAAGAGGAAGAGGGAGAAUUAUUUGACUUUGAUAGUGGAGACGAAGUCCCCGAAGCAGAUCGUCCAGCCCCGUCGGCCCGUGAGGCCACAGGUGCUGAAGCAGGCGCUGCAGGCGAGACCACCUCCCCUGCAGGAAAUGGAACUGAAGCUGAGCCUGCCCCCGAGGCUGAGCCUGCGAAACUUGCAGUCCCAACGAGAGUGAACCCAUAUUCUGUCAUUGACAUCACACCAUUCCAGGAGGACCAGCCACCAUCUCCAGAUGCAAACACAGAGGAGGAAGGGGUGGGCCUUCGUGUGCCUAGUGGUUACUCUGUGCCUGUGCCCUGUGGCUAUGCUGUCCCGUCUAACCUGCCAUUGCUGCUGCCUGCCUACUCCAGUCCAGUCAUCAUCCGAGCCGAGUCUGUAGAAGAGGAAGAAGCAGCAGAAGUUUCGGGAGAUGGGCAGUGCAAUUCCCUAAGCUCCGAGGACCUUCCGAACAGUGGUGAUCAAGGCAGCCAAGAAGGCAAUGCCCUGACCCGGUGGGCAGCUGACCCUGCCAACACAGCUUGGAUGGAGAAUCCAGAGGAAGCAAUUUAUGAUGACGUUCCAAGGGAGAACUCAGACUCUGAACCAGAUGAAAUGAUUUAUGAUGAUGUGGAGAAUGGAGACGAAGGUGGGAACAGCUCCCUGGAGUACGGGUGGAGUUCCAGUGAAUUUGAAAGCUAUGAGGAGCAAAGUGACUCAGAGUGCAAGAAUGGAAUCCCCAGGUCCUUCCUGCGCAGCAGCCACAAAAAGCAACUCUCUCAUGACCUAACCCGCUUUAAGGCGCACUGUGAGGAAAAGAUGAGAGGCUUGGUGGCCAGUACGGUGGGAGCCAUGGAGGUGCCGCAGGCAAAGCACAGGCAGGAGCGGAAGAUGCAAAAGCUCAUGAAGGCAGCCAAGGAGGGUACCAAAGAUGGGCUGGAGAAGACCAAAGCCGCUGUGAAGAGAGGCCGGUCCUUCAUCAGAACCAAGUCUUUGAUUUCUCAAGAUCACAGGUAUUGUUUUGAAGAAGAGCAGAAUUUGUUCAUUGAUGUUGACUGCAAACACCCGGAGGCUGUUCUGACCCCAAUGCCAGAGGGCUUGUCUCAGCAGCAGGUUGUAAGAAGAUACAUCCUGGGUUCCAUUGUUGAAAGUGAAAAGAACUACGUAGACGCUCUACGAAGGAUUUUGGAGCAAUACGAGAAGCCGCUGUCUGAGAUGGAGCCACGGCUCCUGAGUGACAGGAAGCUCAAGAUGGUGUUUUAUCGUGUCAAAGAGAUCCUGCAGUGCCACUCCAUGUUCCAGAUCGCACUGGCCAGCCGUGUGUCUGAGUGGGAUGCCGUGGAGACAAUUGGAGAUGUAUUUGUAGCCUCGUUCUCCAAGUCCAUGGUGCUGGAUGCUUACAGUGAGUAUGUGAACAACUUCAGCACGGCUGUGGCUGUCCUCAAGAAGACGUGUGCCGCGAAGCCCGCCUUCCUUGAGUUCUUAAAGCUGAGCCAGGAUUCCAGUCCAGACCGAGUCACCCUCCACAGCCUUAUGAUGCGACCCAUCCAGAGGUUCCCACAGUUCAUCCUCCUGCUGCAGGACAUGCUGAAGAACACAGCCAAAGGACACCCCGACAGGCUGCCCCUUCAGAUGGCACUGACGGAGCUCGAGACCCUGGCGGAGAAGCUAAACGAGAGAAAAAGAGAUGCUGACCAGCGCUGUGAAGUCAAACAGAUAGCAAAAGCCAUAAAUGAAAGAUACCUAAACAAGCUCCUCAGCAGCGGAAAUCGGUACCUCAUUCGCUCCGAUGAUGUCAUCGAAACGGUUUACAAUGACAGGGGAGAAAUCAUCAAGACCAAGGAACGCCGGCUCUUCAUGUUGAACGAUGUGCUAAUGUGUGCCACUGCCAGCUCACGGACCUCUCACGAAAGCCAUGCUGUGAUGAGCCAGAGGUACCUGCUCAAGUGGAGUGUCCCUCUAGGACAUGUGGAUGUGAUCGAGUACGGUGGUGGUUCUGGCACUGGGGAGCACAGUAGGCACCAUGUCGCACACUCGCCUGAAAGCCUGGCCGUGAUGGCCAAUGUGAAGCCACCUUUACAGCAUGCCAUAUGGAAGGCAUCUGCAGGAUGGAUUAGCGAGCGCUGCAGUUUCCAGUGGGCGCUGCAGUUUAAUGAAGUUGAUAUUGUCCUUCGAGUUAAUUUAUUAGAAGCCCGUGAUGAACCAAGCGCUGAGUCCUACAAAGUUUACAUGGGCCCAGGGCAGCUGUACCAGGAUCUGCAGAACCUACUGCAUGACCUGAAUGUUGUUGGCCAGAUCUCGCAGCUGAUAGGAAACCUCCGAGGGAGCUAUCAGAAUUUAAGCCAGUCAGUAGCCCAUGAUUGGACAUCAGGCUUACAUCGACUGAUCCUGAAAAAAGAAGAGGAAAUCAGAGCUGCAGACCGCUGCAGAAUUCAUUUACAGCUCCCAGGAAAGCAGGACAAGUCAGGGCGGCCCACUUUCUUCACUGCUGUGUUCAAUACGUUUACAUCUGCUAUCAAGGAAUCCUGGGUCAGCAGCCUGCAGCUGGCCAAGCUGGCACUUGAGGAGGAAAACCACAUGGGAUGGUUCUGCGUGGACGACGAUGGUAACCUAGCCAAGAAGGAGACUCACCCUCUCCUGGUGGGACACAUGCCUGUGAUGGUGGCCAGGCAGCCAGAGUUCAAGAUUGAGUGCGCAGCUUAUAACCCCGAGCCUUACCUAAGCAACGAAAGCCAACCAGCUUCGCCCUCCACAGCACGUGGCUUCCUGUGGAUUGGAAGCUGCAGCAAUCAGAUGGGCCAGGUCGCCAUCGUCUCCUUUCAAAGUUCCAACCCCAAAGUCAUAGAGUGCUUCAAUGUGGAGUCUCGCAUCCUGUGCAUGGUAUACAUUCCGGCCGAGGAGCCGAAGCCCCAAGAGUCCAAUGAUGCCACGGAUCCAGAUGCCACAGCCUCAAGAGCAUCCCACGUGCCCACCAUCUGCCUGGGCACCGAAGAAGGGAGCAUCUCCAUCUACAAAAGCAGUCAGGGUUGCAAGAAAGUGAGGCUUCAGCACUUCUACACCCCCGACAAGUCCACAGUCAUGAGCUUGGCCUGCUCCCCACAGGGCCUGUAUGCAGGCCUGGUCAAUGGGUCAGUAGCCAGCUACACCAAGGCUCCAGAUGGAUCCUGGAACUCAGAACCCCAGCAAGUGAUCAAAUUGGGCGUCCUGCCUGUCAGAAGCCUUCUCCUGGUGGAAGGUGCGCUGUGGGCAGCCUCGGGAGGGCAGGUGUUCAUGGCCAGCUUGGAGACACAUACCAUAGAGAAUCAGCUGGAGGCCCACCAGGACGAAGGGAUGGUCAUCUCCCACAUGGCUGUGGCCGGCGUUGGCAUUUGGAUUGCCUUCACCUCAGGGUCCACCCUUCGCCUCUUCCACACAGAGACCUUGAAGCACCUGCAAGAUGUCAACAUUGAUGCCCCCGUGCAUAGCAUGUUGCCAGGGCACCAACGUCUGUCUGUGACCAGCCUGCUCGUCUGUCAUGGAUUGCUCAUGGUUGGUACCAGCCUGGGUGUUGUGGUGGCUCUGCCAGUUCCUCGUCUUCAGGGUAUUCCCAAAGUGACAGGGCGGGGCAUGGUCUCCUACCAUGCACACAAUGGGCCUGUUAAGUUCAUUGUCAUGGCCACAGCUUUUCAGAAGAACAAGGACAGAGCCAGAGACAGCCCACCCUCCGGCCCUGAGCCUCAGGAUGAAGACCCCAAGGAUUUGCUCUGUGGUGAGGAGGGCACUUCUUGCCUGGGCCAGACUGACACCAACACAGCCGCCAACACAGCCGUUUGGUUGGGAGACUCCCCGGGACUGACAGCUCAGAAGAGUGACCUGUCUUCAUCCUCAGGUUCUCUGAGCUUGUCCCAUGGCUCCAGCUCCCUAGAGCACAGAUCUGUGGACAACAGCCUGUGUGACCUCCUGAAGGACCCCAGUGCCUCCCCGAGGAGCAGGGCACAACGCUCUAGGAGAGCCAAAGCCAGCUCAGCACUGGUGGUGUGUGGGGGCCAAGGCCACCGGCGAGUUCACAGGAAGGCUAGGCAACCUUCUCAGGAGGACCUGGUGUCUUCAGUGAUGGUGUGGCAGAUCCCACUGCUGAGCAUGUAGAUCAGAGGCUGCCGCCUGGCAUGAGGGUGGCAAGCAGGGACAGCUCUCGACUGGGUGCAGGCCAAGUGGUGGAGGCUGCAUCCAUACCACUGGGACCAACUGGAAGCAGAGUUGGGAAAGGAAUCUGCAGACGUCACACAGAUUCUCUGCCUUCUCCCAUGGAACAUCCGAGUCAGAGGUGUGAGGGAGGCAGAGGAGCAUUAUGGCCUUUCAGCCACUGAACAGAGUUCUGGGAGAGUGCCACAGUCUGCCCCGUCAGUCAUUCAACCGAGAUGCAGCAUGCACCAAGGGCAUCAGUUCUGGGCACAUCUCAGAGAGCUGACGGGGAACUGUAGUGUCCAGUAGCAUAGGAGGUCAUUAACAAUUCUUAAAAUCAUCCUACUUGACUUAGGCUCACUACUGUUAUUUAUAUCUUAUAUAUUUUUUAAAUCUCAGAAUAAAAAAUGUAACAAUUUAAAGAGCCAGGUGACACAUUCCAGUCCAGUCAGCUUGCGUUGUCUGGGAGCGACUGAGGCUUUCCAAAGUCAACUGAUGUGUGUACUGCACCCUUUAACAAAUAGUGUUUUUAUAUUGUGUUUUCUAUUAAAAAUUAACCAUUAGCAUUUCAGUCAAUAUACUACAUGUAGUGUUUUGCACAUAAUCUUUGCUUUAAGCCAAAAUGUUUAAUAAUGUCAACUCCAGCUUCCAUGCCAAACCCUGCUUUCAUUCUCACGCUAAAGGAAAUUAGUAUCGGCGUGGGACACGUGCGGGCUCUGUCACACAGGGACGGUGCUGAAGAGCUCAGGUCUUCAGUGCACUUGCUGUCAGUGAGCCACGCACAUCUGGACACUCAUUCUAGAAUGAGUGACCCAUGGUGCUGACCCUCAGCUGCUGCCCCCACUGCCUGCCAUGCCAGUGUCCCCUCUCCCAAAGAACAUACAGGGUCAUAUGGGGCACUUGAGAGGCAGCCUGGAAUGUCAAGGGACAUGAGUAACCUAUAUAUAGAUUCUGUUUGCUCCACCUGUAUUUGUACAUCAGUGUUUCACUUACUGGAUGGCUAAAAAUUUGUUUUCUUAAGCCUAAUUCAGAUGCUCACCAGAAACACACUCCUCAGCACUUUACAAAUGACUAAAAAUGCUAACUUUUAACUUAGCCAAAUAUUUUCUAAAUCACACAUAUACCCAAGCUUUCUUAAACUGUUAGCUGCUAUCUUAUUUGAUAAAAAUAAAAGACUUUUUAUUUUAGAA